CACACCACUCUCCGUACUCACACACAGUUCAAGAUGGUUCGGAUGCACUCCAACGGUCGCGGCAUCAGCCGCUCGGCCCUCCCCUACCGCACUGCCCCCCCGUCGUGGCUCAAGGUCACCCCGGAGGAGGUGUGCACCCUCAUCUGCCACGCUGCCAAGAAGGGCUCGACCCCGUCGCAGAUUGGUGUCAUGCUCCGUGACUCGCACGGUGUUGCCCGCGUCAAGAACGUGACCGGUGCCAAGGUGCUCCGCAUCCUCAAGGCCAACGGCAUGGCGCCCGAGAUCCCCGAGGACCUGUACCACCUCAUCAAGAAGGCCGUCUCCAUCCGCCGCCACCUUGAGCGCAACCGCAAGGACCGCGAUGCCAAGUUCCGCCUCGUCCUCGUCGAGUCGCGCAUCCACCGCCUCUCGCGCUACUACAAGAAGACCCGCGUCCUCGCCCCCAACUUCAAGUACGACUCGGCCACCGCUGCCACCCUCGUUGCCUAAACGGAAUAAAACGCAGAACCAAUCGUC